AUGUACGGAGGGAUUGACAACCUGAAAUCCCUUUACGACCGUGCCGGAAAGACUUUCUCCGGCGGUCCUUCUGCGGCACAGGAUGUGCCGCGUCGUACUGCUCAACCAGACCCAGUACGUCAACCAUCAGUUGGGAGCGGGGCUCCCAAGUAUCCCAGGACGGAUGAAAGCCGCGCCACCGGACGAGAUAACUCGUCCGACGUCCGUUUACAUCGCGGUGGUUCAACAGCUGCUCAACCAGAUAGCGCUGGCCACCGCGAGAGUCCUGUAACGGAGGUGGAAGAGGAGGAAAGACGCUCUCUACACGAUCAUGUAGAUCCGUGUGUUCCCGAGAGCUUCUUUGAUCGCGUAACGCAAGGGUUACGCGGCGAUCUCAAACACGAGCGGGACAGGCGUCUCCAACUGGCGGACGCUGUCUUAAAGCAUCGAGCUGAGUUUGCCUUUGCUCAGCUUGAGAACGAGAGAUCUCAGAAAUCUCUUCAUGACGAUCUAAGGAUCCUCGUUGAUAUCCACCAUCGGGAGCACAAGGCUCUCUGCGAGAAGCUUGAGCGCAAGGGCGUUCUUCAUCGGAAGAAGCAGCGUACUGAUGGUACGGCUUAA